AUGGAGGGCCGGCUGAAGUUACUGAUCUCGCUAUUUGGGCUCCUGUUAGUCCUAGUUGCCGAGGGAAGCUUUGCUCACAACCCCAACCUCGAAGCUUUCAAAGUAUAUUCCAAUGGUGCCUGUACUACUGAGGUUCCGUUAUGCUCAAGACUCGGAGUUAAGAAGCUUAUGGAGGGAGGAAAUGCGAUGGAUGCUGCAAUUGCAUCGACUAUAUGUAUCGGAAUAAUAAAUUCGUUCUCGUCCGGAAUUGGAGGCGGAGGAUUUAUGCUUAUCAAGGGCCCAGGCGCAAAAGGAGUGCUUGACAUGAUAGAUUUCAGGGAAACAGCACCGAGGAGUCUCUCGGCUAGUGAUCUCAAUGUGAUGGCAGGGGAAAGCCCGAAAGGGUUGAAGGUGGGUAUUCCUGGAGAAAUUCUCGGGCUAUAUGAAGCACAUAAGAAGUAUGGAAAGCUUCCAUGGCGAGAGUUAUUUCAAGAGAACAUAGUGAUUGCUAGGGGAUUUUCUGCCAGUAGCCAGCUUGUAAAGAAAAUCAAUAAACUCAGGGAUUACAUACUAAGCGAUCCAGGGCUGAGAGAGAUCUACACAAGAAAUGGAGUACUUCUCAGGGAGGGAGACACCGUUGUAAGAGAAAACUAUGCCAAGACAUUAGAAAUCAUAAUGAAGCGGCCCGAGAGCUUCUACACUGGUAGCCUUGCAGACUUGAUUGUCAAGGCUGUAAGGAAAAAUGGAGGGCUAAUAGACAAGAGAGAUCUCGAGGAAUACAAAGUAAUGCACAGAAAUGUAGUGGAGGGAAAGUACCGGGACUACAAAGUGUAUACCACAAACCUUCCAACAAGUGGGCCAUUGGUACUGAGAGCUUUGAAUAUACUUGAGAGGUAUGACCUAAAGAAGUUAAAGGCAGAUAGCUUAAGAAAUCGGAGCUUCAACCACAUACAUCUACUUAUUGAGGUCCUCAAGUUUGCUAUGGCAAGAAGAGGGGAACUAGGGGACCCAGCAUUUCUUCCGAGAUGGGAAGAGAUAGUCAGAGAAAUAGUCUCCAAGAAAAGUGCAGAAGAGGCCUAUAGAAAGAUAAAUCUGGGAAAGGUUCUGGACAUAAAAGAGUAUGGAAUGAAGACGGCAGGAAUUGAAGAUCAUGGGACAACACAUAUCAAUGUUAUAGACAAAGACAAUAUGGCGGUGCUGAUCACAAGCUCAGUUAACCUUGAGUUUGGAGCGAAGUUCAUGGAUCCUGAAACAGGAAUAGUAUUCAAUGACACGAUAGAUGACUUCUACAUUCCAUACACAAAAUAUACCCAUGAAAAGCAUCCAAAUGGGGUAGAGGGCGGAAAAAGAUCGUUCUCUUCAAUAUCUCCCAUUCUCCUACUUAAGGAGGAUGAAAUCCUUGCUCUAGGUGCUGCAGGGGGGAUAAGAAUUCCUACGUCUGUCAUCUCUACGAUAUUCCACCUAGAGACAGGCGAAAGCCUCAGAGAUGCAAUAAUGGAAACAAGAAUACAUAACCACCUAUCUCCAAACACAACAUUUGUGGAAUAUAACAUAUUGAAGGACCUUGAAAGGUAUCUCACCGGUGCUGGACACAAAAUAGAAAAAUCGCUUCAAAACACUAUCUUCACCUCUGUACAGGGUAUCCUUCUCAAGAAGGUUGGAGGAAAUAGAAUCAUUCAUGCUGUAUCAGACCCAAGGAAGGGAGGUGAGGCUUUUGGAUAUUAA